CUCGCCGUAGUUAUCGAGUGACAGCCAAGUAUGUUGUGAAAGUUGGAGCAGAAAGUCGAGACAUAAAUUCCGCUUUGGUUGUUUCAGGAGGAGGCAUCCCUCUGUGUUAAAAUAUGGGCAAUACCAGUGACCGUGUAGCCUCAGAUCGCCAUGGAGCGAAAGCCCAUCGUGCAGAUGGUGGGGCCCAUAAAGACCUUGAACCCAGCAAGAUGGUGGACAGCACAGAUGAUCCUAACAUCUUUAACACACACGGCCCUGAAGCCAAGGCCCCGGCGGAGAAGGAUUUGCCUCCCGAUUUGAAUGAUUUGGUGAAGACGGUUACACAGGAGCGUCCGACUGUAAUCCGCUGGGCAGGAGGAGGCAAAGACGUCUACAUCUCUGGCUCCUUCGACAACUGGAACACUAAGAUCCCACUUAAUAAAAGCCAUAAUGACUUUGUUGCAAUCCUGGACUUGCCUGAAGGGGAGCAUCAGUACAAGUUCUUUGUUGACGGCCAGUGGCUUCAUGACCCUUCAAAGCCGGUUGUAACCAGUCAGAUGGGAACCAUUAACAACCUGAUUGAGGUGAAGAAAUCUGACUUUGAGGUGUUUGACGCGCUGCAAGUGGACUCGCUCGAGUGCUCCGACACGUCUGAUCUGUCCAGCUCACCUCCUGGUCCUUACGGACAAGAAAUGUACAUGUUCCGCCCAGAGGAGCGCUUCAAGGCCCCGCCCAUCCUUCCUCCUCAUCUCCUUCAAGUCAUCCUUAAUAAAGACACAAACGUUUCAUGUGAUCCUGCUCUGCUGCCUGAACCCAACCACGUCAUGCUUAACCAUCUUUAUGCACUCUCAAUAAAGGAUGGUGUAAUGGUCCUCAGUGCAACUCACAGGUAUAAGAAGAAGUACGUCACCUCUCUGCUGUAUAAACCCAUUUGAGAGGUGACGUCUCUGCUCAAUCUGGCUGAUCUUGUACUAUACCCCCAGUUUGUAGUGGUCCAGAUGGCCACUGUCUCACUCUCGCACGUGUGUGGGUGUAUGUCUGUCCAGCAUUAUAUGAUCAGGACUACUGAACUGUACUUCAGAUCUAGUGAUUGUAAUCAUGAGCUUUUUAAAAUAUAUAUAUAUUUUUCAGCUCCCCAAAGCUGAGGCAGGUGGUAAAAUAGGUUUUGAUGUUUUAAAGAGACCCAAAGUGGAUUUGGAUAUGUUUUUAAAUUGGCAUUACGUUAACCGAUGUUGAUUUAUGAAUGAACAUUGUGUUGUUUUACAGUUUCUAGUAUUUUAUUUAUUUAACUCGUGAUAAUCGCAUGGCUAAGUGUCUGCUUGCAGGAUAUAAAAAAGGGCUGUGGGGAUGUACUUAUAUUAAGUCAGAGGAUCGAGACAGAACAGGUUGAAUCAGGAACAUUGACAGUCACUGAUAUUAUAUGAAUUUUAAUAAGGAAGGCUGGAAUGAUUUUGUGUGUGUGGUGAGCACAUGCAUGCUGUUGCCUUUUACUGCGACUGCGUAAGCACUUUAACCAUGUAUUCACUGUGACGGGUUCAGACGGAAAGCUUUUUUCAGUUUAGCUAUGCAGUUGACAAAUCCCGUACUGUAGGCUCCAGCUGAACACGCACAACACGCUUUUCAAAACGUUAGCCGAGUGAAAUAUUUUUAUGUAUCAGCAUGGAUUGUAUUAGUAAUUCUUGCCAUUGUACGUAUUACAAAUGCUGGAUUAAUGUAUUUGUAGCGAGAUGAUCCAUGUGAUCCCGAGGUCUUCUUUGUGGUUUUUCAGUAAAGGUCAAAGGUUUGUUUUUCAACGGUUUUUAUAUGACUUUGUUUGGAGUGUAUUGAAAUACUGUUUAACUUAUUCCCUUCAAAGAUGCAGUGGAAUGCUGUAGUGUGUAUAGACAGUGGAUUACAAAAUGGGGGGAAAAAAAAGUUCUGAUAGUUUGUAAGGUGUGCUGUUUUGAAAAUAUAAUUUAAACACUUGAAAUUAGCUUGGAAUCCUUGUUUGUGAAGCAAGUGUAAAAUAGUUUGUUAAACCAUGCUGUUUUUAAGUUUGUUGUCAUUUAUGUUUAAAUAAAAAUCUAAAUUGGAACAAUC